AAUAAAAUUCAGUGUAAAUAUUACGCGGGAUGCCACAACAAAUUUUAUUGCAUGGAACUCGACCUUUUAGUGGAGUUGCGGGGAAUAUUAUUUGGCAGCAUGGGCAUGGGCUAAAAUAGUAUCGGAUUUACAUGCGUGCGUCUUCAUCGCCCGCCAAUUCUAAACUAACAGUUUGCAAAAAAAAACUGUAAACGAGUGCGAUAAUAGAGAUCUUCAUUGCUUCGUUGUUUUAGAGUACUUGCAGGGUCUAGCGGACAAAUAACGGAUAAUGGCUGUGGACAACUAUAACGAUGAUCUCGAUGUUAAAACUUUCCGAUCUAAAAGCAACUCCAGCGACGCCACCGCUGCUAAGGAUGUCGACUACCUGCUUCCUUUUGUCGAGCCGUAUAAAGACAUGCUCGGCAGUGUGAAGUCGCCAUUCUUUGCUCUGAGAUAUUUGGUUCGACUGAAAAACGGCACAACCUUUAUUCUGUUCGGGCUGACCUGCAUUUGGGUCUCGUCUUACGUACUCAGCCUUCGUGGCGGAGACCUCCUGCUUAUCAACAACAAUCUCGGACUUCUCGGAGCCGAAAUCAUAGUGUCCGUUCUCUCGCUGACGGCCAUGGUGACCAUACUGUACAUGCGCAAGCUGAGGCGAACGAUGCGGCGAAGCAUGGCAGUCCUCAUACUGGUCAUCUUCGCGGCACUGUAUCUGUACGACCAUGGCGAGCGAUUCGAGCAACAUGGAUUCUACAACCUGCUGAUAUUCCUGCUGAUAUUCAUCCCGCUCAACGCUGUCAUUGUGACGGUGUACAUCCUGUUCAUGACGAUCCCAAACUUUAUCGUGAUCCUGUUUGUCUCUCUCAUUGUCAUGGCAUGUGGCGGUACGGUGGUCCUGCACCACUACAUACGCGUCUUUGACCAGGGCAUGUUUGGCCAGCUGGAGAACAUCCCGGGCGAAUGCAGGUGGCAGGGGAGAAACUACCCACUUGUAGAUUUGCUGCCGGCCGGUACGCAGAACUUCUGGGCCGGCAGCAUGAACUGCAAGGCCAACGCGGAUCACAUAACGGCCCAUUUCGAUGACAAUGGUAUCCUGAGCGCCAGCUGCACAGCAGAUAUGCCCAUUUACGUGGAUAUACUGCCCGAUACACGGGCGUGGCCGCUGAAGGACAAGUCCAAGUGGCAGGUCUUCAACCACCGCGUACUGGGCGACAUGGAGCGGAAAACGUAUGUCAAGCCGCUGUUUGUCGAGGAGGGCACCCAGGCAGUCAUUGUGCGCUGUGGAUCGGAGAGCAAGAUCGUGACUAGGGUCAGCCCGCAUCCAUCGCAUCUUCCCAGCUACGUUCCGCCAGCAGACACCGAUACGCGGCAGCCCACGACAAACGAGACCACUGUGAGUGUGGCGGGGAAGCGUCCAAAUGUUAUAUUACUCUUUGUCGACGCCAUGUCCCAUCGGCAGUUCUACCGGCGGCUGAAAAAGACAGCAAAGGUGCUUCCGACACUGCACCAGCCGGGAAAGGCAGAGCUGACCGAGCUGUACCGGUAUCACUCACUAGGCGUGAGUACCGAUAACAGCACAAAGGCGAUGUAUCUGGGCGAAAUAUUUCCGCAGAAGGAGAAGCCCCUGCCAAUCUGGGCGUACUUCCGCGACCGCGGGUAUAUAACAGCGCGUGUCGAGACAUCGUGCGAGGACUGGGCAAAAACGUACACGGGCAAUUACUACCCCAGCCAAAAGUACUCCGUGGGCGAGCGCAGUCUGGACUACGAGCUGUCCUCGCCGUUCUGCAUGCCCGAGUUCUAUCCGUCGUCGGGCAACGCCUUUGGCAACUUUAAGGGACCGUUUUCGAUCGUCGCACGGUGCCUAUACGGGAAGCACGUGCACGAGUACGGGUUUGAAUACGUGGACCAGCUGCGGAAGGAGCUCCGGUCUGUGGCAGAGGGCGAGCGGCGGCCGUAUCUCAUGAUGCUCAAUCUGAUGGAGGGCCACGAGGGCACAGGCGAGGUACUGCGCACGCUGGACAACCGGCUGUCGCAGUUCCUCACGGACCUGCGCGAAAGUGGCGAGCUGGAGGACACAGCGCUGUUCCUGGUGUCAGACCAUGGGCUGCACAUGGGCUUGAACUUUGCGUUUCUGAACAGCGGGCAGAUCGAGCACAAGAACCCGUUCUUUUCCAUGGUAUUGCCGCACUGGCUACGCGCGCAGGUGGACGAGCAGGGCAAUAGCGGGCUGCCGCUGAACGAGCAGCGAUUGACGACGCCGAUGGAGACGCACUUUGCGCUGAAAACACUGGCCAACUGGCCGGCAUACGAUGGGGCUGACUUUGCCCGCUCAUUAUUCACGGCAGUGCCUGCCGGGCGCACGUGCGAGCAAGCGGGGAUCGGAGCAAACUUUUGCAUGUGCCGUAAUUAG